UUCAUGAAAAGUUGGUUGUUAACGUAAAUAACUGUAGAACGUGUGUUAAUUAAUAUAUAGUUAAAAGCAGUUUAAGUCGAUUAAUGAUUCAAAAGAAUACCACGAUUUAUAGUUAGUGUUUAUUAUAUUUGUGUUUGUUGUGUCGUGAGAUGAUAGAUUUCAAUGAAGCGUUAUCUUAAAGUUGUCAAAAAAAAAAAUUGUUCACAUCAACCAAAUAUAAAUAUGUAGUUUAUCCUUAAAAACAUAUUGCAUCCUCCGAGAUGUUGUGUGUAACCCGAUACGGGCUUCAAGGAUGUCACUGAAUUUACAGUGUUCAAACUCUUCGGAAUUCAGCAAGCUGCAAGCAAACCGAAUACUGAUAAUUUACUGUUACUACGGAACAGUUACAUUUUCUUUUGUAGAGUUUAAUAGAAGCAACAAUGCCAAGUUCAAAGAUACCAUCGCCCACGCGCUCCCAAGGUUCUCUGCUAACGCCGCGCCGCCACAGGACACGCAGUACCCGUAGCGUAGGCUCCCCAGCUCGUUCCAAUACACCAAGCCGGCUGACUGCUAUCAUCAUGCAAAACAAAGAGCCAUCUUUCGUCUUAUCACCACUUCCAACCCGGAGAUCUGUAUUAAAUGAUGACACUGAAGUGGAGGAACCACAACGUAAGAGCUGGUGGAGAAAAUUGGAUGAAAACUCCAGAGAUAUUCUUGAAGUAUUGGAAGGAAAUAAAGUUGGAGAAACAUAUGAAGCAGUUGAAGAAAUACUUAAUGUGGAAAUACUGAGCCAAGAGAAAAAGAACUACACCUCAGAUUUACCAGACAGUAGUGACAGUGAAUCAAUUAAUAGUAUAGUUAUGCCACAAAGAAAGCUUUUCAUACAAAAAGAAAAUUUACCUCAAAAAAAAUUUGGGCAACUCAUUGACAAUAGAGAAUCAUUAGCUAAUGUUGAUAAAACAACAGCUCAUGAGAAAUCAGUCACUGUAACUACGAAAAGCCUCUUUCAAAACAAUAAACGAAAGCGUGUAUUUCCAGCAGCUGCAUUAAACUUAUCACCAAAUAAAACUGCAGUAGACAAAACAAAGCAAUUUAUUGUAGAUCCUCCACAAAACCAAGCUCGAAACAUAUUCGGAUAUCGUCCAGCGGCUAAAAGAAAGAACAUGUUUGCCGAGUUCAUUGUUUCUGAGAGUGAAGACGAAAUUUCCGAAAUUCAACCAAAAGUCUUUGAAUAUCAAAAGCAAUUCGACCAUCGACGCUCUAGGGUUUCUAAUUCGAGACCUAUUAGAGAGACUUCACCUGCAUCAAGUAUAACAACUGAUAUGGAAUUGGAUGAUUGGAAAUAUCUGCCAUCUUCUACAAUAGUUGAAAGUCAUGACCAAAAUCUCACAGAAAACCACGCCAAUACUAUAGUUUUAAAAGAACACGAUCCAAAGAAACAAGUAUCAACUCAACAUGCUCAACAACCAAAUGAUGAGGAUCACGAAAUGGUAUGCGAGAAUAAUGUUGACCAAAAAAUGUUUCAAGAUAAAGAAACAGAUAACAGACAACAAGGUAUAACGCCUUACAACAAUGACAGAGGAAAUAAUACUAGUAACAAGGAUCAAACUCAAAAAGAAGCAGUUGAAGUAGAACAUUGUCACAACGAGUUUCAAGAAAAUCAACAAAACAUUACUAACAAACAGAAAAACGCAGGAAAUAUAAGUAAUGUCGACAAUUCUGGCGAACAGGCCGAUAUUUUUACUCCACAGAAUGAAGAAAUUGUCGAGCAGGAAAAUGAAAAUAAUGACUUCAUAAAACCAGAGAAUAUUGGUAGUCAGAAUAAUAUUGAUAUUGAAAAACACGCAAAUAAUGAAAAAAACAAUCAUGUUGAAGAAGUUGAUCAAAAUGCAGAAACUGAAGAAAAAAUACAUCAUUCUAAUAAUACUGAUAUAUCAUCUGAACAAAAUGCUGAAGUAAUAGCUUCAAAUGAGGAGGAACAAAUGAACAGCCAUGGAAAUGAGACUGGUAUAGAAGAAUCGGAUCAAAACGCAGAAUCAGAAGCGUCGUGUGCUGAAGAAGAACAAGAAGAAACGGUUCAUGAAGAAUGUGAAAGUGAAGAAAAUAAUUCUGAACGAGCACUAGAAGAUUCGACUGUCGAAAAUAACGAUGAAACGGAAAUUCAUGAGAGAAGUGGAGACCAAAUUCGAGAAUCAGAUGAAGAUUUAGAAAUUGAUGAAAAUGUGGAAAGAAGUGAAUUAGGAAACGAAUCCAACGCAAGUAAUGACGAUGAGCAUUUGUAUUUAAGUGAUGAUAAUGAUGAUGAACCCGAAAACAGUGCCGGAGCUGAUAUAAAUGUAAAUGAUAAUAGCCCCAACACUGAUAAUAUUGACAAUAACGAAAUCACAGAUCGAAGUGAAACUCUUGAAAAAGUAAAUUUACCUGAAGCUAUUUUACACGAUAAGAAAAAUGAGUCUGACUUAUUUACCAUGCAGGGUAACAAUACUGACCUUAGAAAAACUAAAAGCAUGAUGCUCACGAGUAUCAGGCCAAGUUUGUUACCGCCCGUAGAAAGUACAAGUAUGACAGAUGGGACAAGAAAUUCUAGCGCUGAGGGUUCUGGAUGGGAUUCUCACAGAACUACAAGGAAGACACUUCGGCAAACAUUUGGUAAGGAUUUCACACCUCGAAAAUCUUUACGAGCGUUAGUAAUGGAAAAGUCUGCUAAGAGACAGACUGCACUUGUUGAUGCCAAAGAAAUUUCUAAAAUGCCACAAGCAAAUUCUACAGAGAUCCCGGAAUUUAAUGAUGACUACCAUGAAGCAGAGGAAUCAAUCGAACCAACAAAUCAUGAAAUAUCUAAAAAUACUCGUCAAGCAACCUUAGAAUUAUAUUUGCAGAAAAUAAAGAAAAGCAACAUGGAGAAAAACAUCAGAAUAGAACAAGAAGUAAGAAACUCCCUUAAAGCCAUGAAACAAUGCAAACAAAAUGUAAAUAUUUUCAAAGUCCCUGCCAAGCCAUUAUUUGCAAGACAUUCCACAAAACCAGUUCAAAACAAAAAUAAAGUGAGAGAAAUGAAAUCAUCUAUGCCACUGGGUGAUCUACCCCCUGAACUGCUGGAGGAUAUGAAAUAUAAACCGCCAAAAAGAUAUCAACCAAAGAACGCUUCGUGGACUACAAAGAGACUGUACAAAUAUUUGGAAGACAAAUUAGAACCGAAAUACGACUACAAGGCUAGAGUUCGAGCCGAGAAGCUUGUUGAAACGAUCUACCAUUUCACUAAAGAGGUAAAAAAGCACGAGGUGGCACCUAACGACGCAGUAGACGUGCUCAAACACGAGAUGGCGCGCUUAGAUAUCGUCAAAACACACUUUGACUUCUAUCAGUUCUUCCACGAUUUUAUGCCCCGAGAAAUAAGGGUUAAAGUCGUACCCGACAUAGUGAACAAGAUCACGAUACCAAGAAACGGAGUUUUCUCGGAGAUUCUAAGUGGGCAUACGGUACAUGCGUAAUUUUAGUUGAACUAUUGUUGUUG